GAGCGGAUAGCAUACGCAAUAGCAUGAGCGAAUCACGUGCCCGCCUCUUCCAAAACCCCGCCCACUUCGUUUCAUUCACUCAGCAAUACGGACAUAGCUAAUACACAGUAUUUAUGAUCCGACAGCUUCAGUCACUGGUCACGGUAUCGUUAAAUUCACGCAGAGCGACCGACACCAUUCAUAUGCCAGUGUUACAGAGCACAAUUUGAAUCUCUCAUUGUUGUUUGAAUUACAAUUUAGUUCCGAAGUAGAUAAAAAUGGAGAACGGCCUGGAAAGCACAGGAGACAGUCGCCUGGACCAGGCUGUCACGCAGUGGUUACAGUAUGACAAGAAUCCAAAGACGGCUGCUGCCGUGCGGUCUAUGGUUAAAGAUAAAGCCAUGUCAGAACUGCAGAGGUGUUUCGGGGCCCGAAUGGAGUUUGGCACAGCAGGACUGAGAGCCGCCAUGGGACCUGGAGUGUCCUGCAUGAAUGACCUCACCAUUAUACAGACCACUCAGGGUUUCUGUGCGUACCUGGAGCAGUGUUUUCCAGAUCUGAAGGAAAGGGGUGUGGUGAUUGGUUUCGAUGCUCGAGCUCACCCUCCUAGUGGCGGCAGCAGUAAAAGAUUCGGCUGCCUCGCUGCUUCUGUCUUCAUCAGUCGAGGAGUCCCAGUCUACCUCUUUCGUGACAUCACACCCACUCCAUACGUGCCUUUUACUGUGUCACAUCUAAAACUGUGUGCUGGUGUCAUGGUAACAGCCUCCCACAAUCCCAAACAAGAUAAUGGAUAUAAGGUGUACUGGGCAAAUGGAGCUCAGAUCAUUCCUCCUCAUGAUAAGGGCAUUGCUGCAGCUAUUGAACAAAACCUUGAGCCGUGGCCUGAAUCAUGGGACACAGAUAAAGCUCUUCAGAGUUCCCUCCUCAAUGACCCAUACCAGGACAUACACAGAGAAUACUGCCAAACCAUACAGCAGCACUGCUAUCACAGGGAGCUGAAUAAGAAUACAGAAGUGAAGAUUGUCCAUACAUCAGUUCAUGGAGUGGGACAUUUUUUUGUCCAGGCUGCUUUUAAGGCUUUUGACCUUCAACCUCCAUAUGCUGUGGAAGAGCAGAAAGAUCCUGACCCGGAGUUCCCCACCGUCAAAUACCCCAACCCUGAGGAGGGAGAGGGCGUCCUGACGCUGUCCUUCGCACUUGCAGAUAAAGAGGGAGCAACUGUUAUUCUGGCAAAUGACCCCGAUGCUGACCGACUAGCUAUUGCAGAGAAGCAGAAAAGUGGGCAGUGGAGGGUAUUCUCUGGGAAUGAGUUGGGUGCUUUGCUCGGCUGGUGGAUUUUCCAAUGCUGGAAGCAGCAGAAAGGAGAGGGAAAAGCCUCCAUUAAGGAUGUAUACAUGCUAUCCAGCACUGUCUCCUCAAAAAUCCUCCGUGCCAUUGCUGUGAAAGAGGGCUUCCACUUUGAGGAGACUCUAACAGGCUUUAAAUGGAUGGGAAACAGAGCCAGAGAUCUCAUGGACCAGGGAAAAGCUGUUCUGUUUGCCUUUGAAGAAGCUAUUGGUUACAUGUGUUGUACUGCAGUUUUGGACAAAGAUGGUGUGAGUGCGGCUGCCAUUGCUGGCGAGUUUGUCUCUUACCUGGCUUCUAAAAAUAAAAGUCUGUCCCAUCAACUCAGAUCCAUUUAUGAGGAGUAUGGUUACCACAUUACCAAGAAUUCCUACUUUAUCUGCCACAACCAAGACACCAUAAAGCGGUUGUUUGAGCGUCUUCGGAACUACGACGGGGAGAAUUCGUACCCUAAAGAGUGCGGGGGCUUUGCCAUCACAGCCGUGAGAGACCUUACGACUGGCUAUGACAGCCACCAGCCCGACAACCAGGCUGUUCUGCCCACCAGUAAAAGCAGUCAGAUGAUUACCUUCACUUUUGCUAAUGGGGGCGUGGCUACAAUGAGGACCAGCGGCACAGAGCCUAAAAUCAAAUAUUACACUGAACUCUGUGCUGCACCAGGAAACAGUGAUCUUAACCAGUUGAAAACUGAAUUGGAUAAUUUGGUUGAUGCCAUUGUGGAACACUUCUACCAACCUGAGAAAAACGGCUUGACUCCUCGACCACAGUGAGAGACACAAUCAAACAGGAUUACAAAGAUAUUCAUAUCAUUCUGCUGUUAGUCUUAACCUAUAACCACUAUUAUUAAAUAUUCUGAGUCUUAAUCUAAGGAGAUUUUCUCAUUAUGUAGAUCAAAGCGGGUGCCACAUGAACCGAACUAUUGCCUUUUGCAUUUACAUUUUUCACAACUCACAUUUUUCUAAUCUGUUAUGGGAUAAAAUAAUAUAUGACUUUUUUUUUCAUUUGUCUUUUUUGACCUACAGUAUUGAACUAUGAAUACACUAAUACAACUAAAGUGUGCUUGAAUUAAUAUAAAGAUUAUUUAUGUCAGCAGAUAUAUUAGUUGAGUUGAUUGACAGAAAUGAUUCCAUACUGCAAAACCUUACUUUGAAAGAGCAGAGUUUGCCACUUUUACAUGAUUCCAUUAAAUUAUCAUUCCAUCAUCUACAUUAAGUGGUCUGUAAUUGUUUUUUAUGAUACAUUUAUUACCAUUUUACAUGUCAAACUCAACCAGUUUGAUAUUACUUUCAGAACUAACUGUGCGGUUGAGACUGGGAACCUGUUUGGAAAAUUUUACAUUUGAACAGAAGGAAAUUUUUUCCUUGAGCAGAUACGUUUAUGUGAUCAACCAUUCUUGUGUAAAAGCAAAUCUGAUCUCAUUUUUGCAAUGGUUAUGACUGAGAUUUAACAGAAAAUGUCUUAAUACUAACCUAAUUUUUUGAUUAUCCAUCUAUGUCAUCCAUGACAUAAUGUAAGGCUUACUAGUAAACCACAACAUUAAAUACCUGUUGAUUUAUUUUUCAUGUACAGUGAUUCACAGUGGUCUUUUAUCUGUGUGUGAGUGUGUGUUAAAGUUAGGAAUACUUAAAAUGGAUCUAUUAUAUCAAAUAAAUGAAAUAAUAAAAAUGUA